UUUUAAUAACAAUAUAUUAAUGCAUUCGAUUAUGAAUCCAUUAUUAUUGAGAAAACGGCACGAUUCCCUGUCUGCCUGUCACUCGCCCCCUUAGACGUGGGAACAUAUACACAUUUUUCUGCACGAAGAAAAAUGCAUACAGCCAGCAGCACCCAGCCAACAACAAAACAGCUAAUGAUACACUCACUGACAAAGGUAAAGUUGAGAGCAGCCAACUUCCUUGUCUCUUCUCUCUUCUAAUUUCUCCUCCAAAGUCACUUCCUUUUCUCAUUUUCCUAAUCUCCUGCUUCCAUUUCUCAAUCCUGCAGAGCUCUGCUUCACAAACAAAGCUCGACCCUUUACAUUUUUCACAGGAAUCCUCUAGAUCAACGAAUACCCAGUUGAGAUCCCUGAGAUGGGCAAAGGAGGCGGGUGUUUCCCCAGCAAGACAAGGCCUCCCAUUGGAGUACCACCAGACAACAACACCCAAGCUUCUCCAGCUCCAUUGAUUCCAGAAGAACCAGCAGAAGAAGAACAAAGUCCUCAAAUCAUUACCGUUGUUCAAGACACCAGCGACGGCAACCAUGAUGGAGAACUAGUUAGCAAGAAGAGACGGCUCAAGAUUUACAUAAUCUUCUACUCAAUGUACGGGCAUGUUGAGAUACUGGCGAGAAAAGUGAAGCAAGGAGUGGAUUCAAUUGAAGGGGUUGAAGGAGUGUUGUAUAGGGUUCCGGAGACUCUGGCGAAUGCGACUUUGGACCAAAUGAGAGCUCCCCACAAGGGUAACGAUGAGGUUCCGUCGAUGUGUGUGGAAGAGAUGGUGAAUGCUGAUGGGUUCUUGUUUGGGUUCCCCACCAGGUUUGGUUCCAUGGCUGCUCAGAUGAAUGCCUUCUUUGACAGUACUCAUGAGCUGUGGGUGGAGCAAAAGCUGGCUGGGAAACCUGCUGGGUUUUUUGUUAGUACUGGGACUCAAGGGGGAGGCCAAGAGACCACUGCAUUAACAGCAAUACCUCAUCUAGUCCACCAUGGGAUGGUCUAUGUUCCAGUUGGAUACACAUUUGGAGCUGGAAUGUUCAGAAUGGAUGGCAUCAGAGGAGGUUCUCCAUAUGGCGCAGGGGUGUACUCUGGAGAUGGAAGCAGAGAGCCGAGUGAAACUGAACUUGGUCUUGCUGAACAUCAGGGAAGAUACAUGGCCACUCUGGUCAAAAGAUUUGGUCCUUCACCAUGAUUGAUGCAUGUGGGAACUCCAGCAUAUAUGCAUAUGAUUGAUUCUUUUUGUAGAUAGGAUUGGAUUUGAUAUCAAAGUUUUCUAUUUUGCGGCUAGAGUUCUUGAACAUUUGUGAUCUUCAUUGGUGUGUCAUUGUUUGUCUCGUCCAUUCAUGUAUGUAUAUGGUUGCUAAAUGCUAAGCUCUUGUAUGUUACUUCUUCUUUCAGUGAGCUCUAUUCAUUUGUAGCUUCAGCCAAUAAGAGGGUUACAUACUUGCAUAUGUGACUUUCUUUUUUGCAAGUGUACCCAUUUGUAUCUCUAGUUGGUACUCGUU